CGCAGCGUAAUUUGAAACCAAGAUGGCGAAGCAUCACCCCGAUUUGAUUUUUUGCCGAAAACAACCUGGCGUUGCCAUCGGAAGAUUAUGUGAAAAAUGUGAUGGAAAGUGUGUAAUAUGUGAUUCAUAUGUGCGCCCAUGCACACUGGUUCGGAUAUGUGACGAGUGUAACUAUGGAUCCUAUCAAGGACGAUGUGUAAUAUGCGGUGGUCCAGGAGUCUCUGAUGCUUAUUACUGUAAAGAAUGUACCAUACAGGAAAAAGACAGAGAUGGUUGUCCAAAAAUUGUCAAUCUUGGAAGUGCAAAGACAGAUUUAUUCUACGAAAGAAAGAAGUAUGGAUUCAAGAAGAGAUAGCCUUUGGAAAAUCUUCUGGGUGACAAUAAGGGUUUUGGGAGAAAGAAAGUAAAAUAGUUGACAUAUGUUUUCAUGUAUCUUGCUCGGAAUGGAAUCACUCCAGUCCAGGGGAAUAUUUCCCCAAGAGUGUUAAAUGCCAAUGGACAUAAACAUGGACUGAAAAUUUCCUGGGUAUGGAUAGGAAAAACGUCUUCUUCACAAGAAAUGUUCCAUUCCAUUCUACAUUUGCUUCGAAGGAGUAAACUUUUACUACCUUUUAAAUCAUGCAUUUCAAACUUAUAAACUUAAUGGAAAUAAAGGCAUUUGUCAUUUUAUAAAAA